CAAACACCUGGGCAAUUGUUGCUCUCUACAACUACCUACCUACUAGGUAUACAUGUGCAUCAAUCCUACACCAGUCAUCUAGAUACGAUACGCGAAUACGAAUUGGUCAAUUCCUCAAUCUCCAUCACUCGCAGCUUCAGGGGUUGCACCGCUUCUCAGCGCCAACAGCAGCAGCCUGGGGAGAGAGUCAGUCAGUCUGCCCCUCUUACGGGGAGAGCAUCGAGCAUUGUGAGCUCUUCCAUCAUCCAGGGGUGAAAUGAACAAAAAGCAAGGCAUCUCCCCGUGUCACCUACGAAAUCUGUGAAUCAUUAGCAACAACGGUGGAAUAAGGCGUGGAGGUUUGGGAAACAUCACAGCAUCGAACAGAACCCGACUUCCCCUCACCCACGCAGCUCUUGUACGACCGACUCCCCGAAAUCGGGCUUUCUGGAAACGCCACCUCGCUCAACCACAGGCUCAAAAUGGAUCUCGAGACCAGGGUGCAUGCCGAGGCCCUUUUGCUCAAGGCUGCCCGCACGUACGGCGUCCAGGUUCGCAGGGACGAGGUGCAACAGCAUCUUAGGCACGAUCACUACGGCGCCGCAUUGGCUGAGUGGGCGAGUUUGCAUCUCACGACGGACAACCUACUGAGCCCUGAUGAGCUGGCAAUAUACUCGUUGCUAGACAGGAACGGCCAGGUCGACAUUCUGGCCAACCUCCAUGACCUAUCCGAGGUGCAGAGCGUCACCGAGGACGAUAUCAAGGUGGCCAUUGAGGAGCUGAGGAGGUCCACCGAGAGCAUCACGAAACAGAGCGAGACUCUUCGCCACCAGCAGGAUGCGCUGUCGCGUCUUGUCAGGAAGCGUGCUGAAAAUGAUGCCCGAAGACGGGAUCUUGACCUGGAUAGGCAAAGCAAAUCCGAGUCGGAACGGCAGCGGGUUGCCGCAGAGGUAGAGGCAGCUUCGCAGAGCCUUGCUUUCCGCAUCUCUGACCUCGAGGAGCAAGGCACCCAGGCCGGAUCCAACCUCAAGGGCACCCUGGGCGAGAUAUUCCGGGGAGAUGACAAGAUCCUAGCCAACCUGCAGAAGCUGGGCUGGGAGCUGGAGCAGCCCGAUCCGGAUGAGACGUCCAAGAUUGACAAGCUGCGUGAAAUCUGCUCGCGCCUGGUCAAGAUUACGGUUGAGACAGUCCGAGCCAAACUGGACACCACCUACAUGGAGACGCUUGUGGAAGCUGAGCGCUCGGGGCGUGUCAAACCUACGACGGACGACGAGGUCAAGGCGCUCGAAGCCGAGGUCGAGUCGUUGCACUCGGAAAUACUUUCCGUUGCUCAGAUAUCUGUGGAGCAGCAGUACCUCGAGCCGGCGCUGCAGACGGUCUCCACGGAGGGCGGCCAAAGUGCGAUGCGCACAUCCAAUGCCUUGGCCUAUAUUGAUAAAUGUCUCGAUUAUCUAAUGGGCCGCCUGGAUCGAAUCCAAGGACGCAUCGAGACCCAUCUGUCGCACCAAGCUGCCGCAGCAGCACUCAUCACCACUGCCAAGACGGAGAUGGCUGUUGAGAUCCUGCCGCCCGUGAAGCAGUCGUCGUCAUCCGCGCCCGUAUCCAUCUUCCCGACUUCACCGAGCAAAUCUGGAACACCUGCGCGGAAGCGCUCCAACACUGUUGGCUCUCAGCACCGCCGAAGGUCGUCUGGCGUCGUCGACGAGCCCCCGCUCGAUACCCUCAUGUACACCCUGUCGAUCCCGUCAUCCGUUUCCGAGGAGGCCGAUGUCAGGGCGAAGAUGGUGGGCUUGUCCAAGAUUUUCGAUGAGAGAUGGAACAAGUACGACGAGAUUGCCCGGAAUGCGCAGGAGACGUUUGAGAUGGGCGCCCUGGCGCAGCUAAACGACACGAGACUAGCCAUUCAGCUGCUGCGGGACAGCGUGUUGGCAGAGAGCCCGUUUAAUGACCCCAGGCUGGUCGAUCCAGAGAUUUCCGGCUCCAUUACUGUUUUGGCGGCAGAGGUGGAGGGCGUAAAGGACAGGCUGGCGGCCGUCGAGGGUCAACGAAGGGAUCGCAAGAGCGAGAAGAGAGACGAAUUUAUUGAGCGCUGGGGGUAGGUGGAUGCUAUGAGAGAUAUAUCUGUGUCAUAGGGGAGUUUAUUAUUGCAUUUACAGCCAAAUUUAGUCAAUAUUUGUUCAUGACCAAGCUUCCCAGAAGAUGUCAGUUCAUAUAAUACAUUGGUGGUAUUCCUAGAGGCCAUAUGGUU